CGAGGCAGUAAGAGAUCUCAAAGCAUCUUUGAGAUGGAGGAAAGCUUGCCAGGAGAACAAUUGCACAUCCCUCCACUCCUCAUGUUCUCAGUUUGUUCUUCUCUGUGAUGCAACCGGUAUCAUGAGAACAGCCAGCAGCAGCUCCAGCAUGAUGAAAUUUUCACUCCUUGACAAGUGUAAGAAGCCGAAAAACUAUGCCCAGCCAGAAGUUUUGUGUCACACGUUUGACACACUGUCUAACCUCCACAAGCUGCUUCCUAAUCACCUAAUGGAGACGCUUUAUUCAUACAGGAGUGAAGAGGACAAGAAAAAAUGUGAGAAUCCUGAGCUCUCUGGCUUGGAAAGAAUCUUAGCAAGACAUGAAUUGCCAAAAGAGAUUAAUCUGACCCCAAAGCCGAACAGAAUGCCCCUGUGGAAAAGAAAAAUCAUCAACAAUGUAACUGACGGGUGGAAGAAAUGUCACUUGCUGACGAGAAACACGAAAGAGCCUCCAAUGUCCACCAUAGUUGUCAGAUGGCUGAAAAAGAACAUGCAACCCACCGAAGACCUCAAGUCAGUGAUCUGUAGGCUGUCCGCAUUUGGCCCAAUUCAGUCAGUCACUGUUUGUGGACGUCAAAGUGCUAUAGUGGCAUUCAAAGACAUGACUUCAGCCUGUAAUGCUGUGAGUGCUUUUCAAAGUAGGACCCCAGGCACCAUGUUCCAGUGUUCCUGGCAACAACGAUUCAUGUCAAAAGACAAAACUUAUUCAAAAAAAUGUACCCAGAAGACACAGCCUAAGGAAUGUAAGCAGGAAACUGAGAAAACUGCCAACAACAGCUAAAGGGACACAAACAGGAAAAUCAUGGUGCCUUUUGGGUAUAUCAGAACCUACCUGAAGUUCACAAACUCUAAACAAUGAACGCUCGACUCUGUUGUAUGAAGUAGCCACAAUUACCAACCUUCCUGCACAAAUCAAACAAGACAUACCAUAAAAUAGGAAUGAUGCUGAAACUCUACAGCUUUUGCGUGAAACACAUAGAAGAAGAAAAGAAAAACAGGACAAACUCCGAGGGCAGGCUCCACCUGACUAGAGGAUUCCAAUGAAGAACUCAAACUGGACACCAAAUCCACAUAGUUCUGCCUGGCAGUUUCCUGAAUGGAAGAUGACAAACAGCCUCAGCCCAUGGUCAAUGAAUAAGCACGUUGAGAAAGUUACUAGACUAAUAACUAGCAUCUUGCAAUGAAGAAAGAAUAGAAGCACAUCAAGAUCUUGAAGGCUCCAUUUAUAAUGGCUUAAUGAGAAGCACCAAACUUCUUUAGAAUGACAGCAAAUAAAAGCAGAGUAACUAGUAAAUUCACCUUGGGCAGGCUGCCAAGGGCAUUCCAUGCAUCCCAUUUGGCCUUGUUGAUCAAGUCAAAUACACCUGGUUUGGGCAUGUUACAAGGUCCUUCAGUGGCCUGUGAAAAGGAGAGGGGCAAUAUAGUCAAGUGACCAUGUAAACUGGAUCCCUAAAUAUUUAAGACCCAUAAAAUCCACAGGCGCAUGAAUGCCUCCCCCAAAUCCUUUCACAGGGUAUGUAAAUUGAUCUGAAUUCUCCCCUCCAGUCUUUUUGGUGUUAUUGCCAAAAAUGCACAAACAACAGAAAAAAGACUGGAAAUAAAUAACUGCCUGUCUAUGAAAA